AUGGCCUCGCGCAUCCAAGAUGCACCUAAACCAAACCACCACCUCCCGUGGUUCACUCCAGCAACCUUCAUUAGCACCGGCUACGUGUCACCAUACUCAAUUCCCAAAGACUCUCCAUACGCAAGUGGCAAUUCAGCCAUGCCUACCACUGCGCAAACUCCUCCCGUUAUCAAAUUUCGCGUCACACUGAGUGGCGGAGCAGCUCAACACUCUGCAACUUCCUCUCCCACCUCUUCCCGUGUUUCCGGCCAGGCGAACCCACCCGCAGCCUCGCCCCAGAGCACUACUGCGGGCCUCUGGUACGAAUGGUAUGCUAAAUGGAUUAACCGCUUCUGGAAGCGACUGCGCCAAGAAGGCAUCGACCUGCAAAUUCUCCCGUAUUCCUGCGGCGAGGUCGUCACACCGAGCAUGAUCGCUUCCACUAACGUCGCGGAUCCGGCCAUCGCUUUGGUCCACUACUUGGUCAACUCGCACGCCUACAUCGCGACGACCUACGACCGCAACCUAGCCGCAGGCACGGGCUACCCGGUAGCCGACUGGGCGUACCCGGAGUUCGCGCUGCAGGACCGCAGCGCCGUGCUGAGCAGCAGCACGGCCAACGCUAGCACCACCACCACCACCAUCGUCGUCGUCGACCACCACCUGCAUGACCCCGGUACCAAAGCCCGCAAGCGUCCCCUCGUGUGCGGCCGCCCCGUCGCCAACCCGCGCCAGUGGGACUUUGGCAUCUGCAGCCCGCCCGUGCCGUGGUACUGGAGCCGCUUGCCGCAGGUGCACGUGUCGAGCGUGCCGCACGUGCUCCAGGAGAGAGAGGAGAGGGAGGAGGCUGAGGAGGCGGAGAAGGCUUUUCAGAAGCGGAUCAAGAAGGUGCAGCAGCAAGGGGAGAUCGAAAAACAGGAGCUGGUGGGGAAGAGGGAGGAGGCAGACGACAGAGAAGUGGUCAAGAAGCACCCAAGCAAGAUCAAGGAGAAGAAGGAAAAGGGAGAGGAAAAGGACGAUGACGGCCUGACAGAUGGCUCGAUAGACAAGAACUUCGCAGAUGAGAAGUCUGGUGCUGUUGAGGAUGCAGACGUGGCGGAUGCUCUUAGCUCUGUUAAUGAUCUCCGCAAGAAAGAGAGCCAAAAAGAGAAAGCCCCGACACGCCGCUCUACCCGUCUCGGACAGCGCCCACGUCGUCAGUAUGGUCAUCAGUUGUAA